GGCCGUCGAGGCGCGAUGUCCCCGGAGAAGCCCCCGCGGCGCGCAGAGCCCGCGGGCCCCGAGGCCGCGGGCCCGGAGCGGACCAGCGACUUGUACUGCGUGAGCCAGGGCCUGCCGGGCAGGUUCAACCACCCCGCGUGCUUCAGGGGCUACCGGAGCAGGGAGCGCGCCUCCGUGUACACGACCAGCAACCAAACUUACGGGAGCCGAGCGCCCACGGUGCACGAGAUGCCGAAAGUAUUUUAUCCCAAUUCGAGCAAGUUCUCCAGGCAGCUGGCCACCGGGGGCAUGUUCCAGAGCAACGCUCUCAACGUCAGCCUGGACAGGAGCGUCGUGACCGGGCCCGACAACCGCAUCACCCCCUACGACCGGCUCGACUUCCACCCCAGCUACAACGUCAGCCAGCCGUCCAUCUGCAACUGACGGCCACCUGCAAUGAUGAGGGGCGGCCCACCGGCGGCUGGCCGCGCCCCUGCCGUGGGCAAUUUGCCCGUUGGCAGGCAGAGACGUCCCUUCUCCCCCUGGAAAGAGUUUUCUUUUCUGGAUUAGAAACAGAGGUUCCUGACUUGGUUUUCCAUUAAAAAUGUUGCUGCAU